AGUCAGAAAAGCGUGGAUCGCCAUUUGUAGGCGAAAGCGACUGCAUUUGGAUUGACUGCAUCCAUCUACCAAUUUUCAUCCUACUUCUUCGGACACUUCAAUGAUCCCAUUUUCCAUAAUCUGUUCUUUACAUCACUCUGUUUUCUUCUCUCUCACUCCGCUUUUCGAUAUAUUUUAGAUACAAUUACAUCGCACGAACCUAACAUCUCUGUUUUACUUCCAAUAUUAUCUUAUGUGCUCUGCCAUUUGACUCUUGAUGACGACUAUGGCGCUUCCAUUUACCUCCACUCAACUCUCAUGGACCUCUUCCGAUUCUGCCCAAUCCCUUCAUUUCCUUUUCUCUCGUUAUGGUUCACACUUGCUUCAAAAUUGCGUUGGAAGUGGAGCUCGACGUUCAGUAAUACGUGAUUCUCGAGUUUUUUGCCAAUCUAAGACAGAGACAUUGCAGUUAAGGAAGUAUUCUCCGCUCCUAGAAAGUUCUUUCGUGCCAGGUAAUAGUGCAACAGUAUCUGAUGAGUGGCAAGCAGUUCCUGAUAUUUGGAGGUAUUCGGCAGAGAGGUAUGGUGAUCGGGUAGCAUUAGUGGAUCCAUACCAUAAUCCUGCUUCAAAAAUGACUUAUAAAGAGCUUGAGCAAAGUAUCUUGAACUUUUCUGAAGGCCUUAGAGCCAUUGGAAUAAAUCCAGAUGAAAAGAUUGGGCUCUUUGCUGAUAAUUCAUGUCGGUGGCUUGUUGCCGAUCAAGGUAUUAUGACCAUGGGAGCAAUUAAUGUUGUUAGAGGUUCAAGGUCAUCUAGUGAAGAGCUGUUGCAAAUAUACAAUCACUCCGAAAGUGUAGCAUUAGUUGUGGACAACCCUGAAUUGUUCAAUCGAAUUGUAGAAACAUUCCAUUUGAAGGCAUCCAUGAGAUGUAUCAUUCUUCUAUGGGGGGAAAAAUCAAGCUUGGCUAAUGAGGGAAUGGAUGGUAUUACUGUUUUUGAUUACAAUGACAUCAUGGAUAUGGGACGAGAGAGUCGCAAAGUUAUGCUUGGCUCUCAUGAUGCUAAGCAGCAUUAUACGUAUGAAGCUAUCAGCUUGGAUGAUAUUGCUACACUUGUUUAUACAAGUGGCACAACUGGAAACCCUAAAGGUGUCAUGCUUACCCAUCGAAAUUUAUUGCACCAGAUAAAGAAUUUGUGGGAUAUUGUGCCUGCCAAAGUUGGGGAUAAAUUUUUAAGUAUGCUUCCACCUUGGCAUGCGUACGAGCGGGCUUGUGAAUAUUUCAUAUUUACAUUUGGAGUGGAGCAAGCUUACACAACAAUAAGAAACUUAAAGGAUGAUCUUCGUCAUUAUCAACCAGACUACUUGAUUUCUGUUCCAUUGGUGUAUGAAACACUAUACAGUGGAAUUCAGAAGCAAAUAUUAGCAAGCUCAAAUGCACGUAAGCUUAUUGUGCUUACAUUCAUUAAGGUCAGCUUAGCUUAUAUGGACUUGAAGAGGAUUUACGAGGGAACCUAUCUAACAAGAAGCAAGGUUCAACCAACACACCUUGUAUCUGCAUUGGACUGGUUAUUUGCAAGAAUGGCUGCUGCAAUACUGUGGCCAAUACAUAUGUUGGCAAAGAAAUUAGUCUAUAGUAAAGUUCAAUCUGCAAUUGGAAUAUGGAAGGCAGGCAUAAGUGGAGGGGGCAGUUUACCUUCACACGUUGAUCUCUUUUUUGAGGCGAUUGGCAUUACAGUGCAGAAUGGUUAUGGUUUAACAGAAUGCUCUCCUGUAAUUGCUGCUCGACGGCCUACCUGCAAUGUUCUUGGUUCGGUUGGACAUCCAAUACGGCAUACAGAGUUUAGGAUAGUAGACAUGGAAACAGGAGAUGUACUCCCACCUGGAUCAAGAGGCAUCGUUGAAGUUAGGGGACCUCAAGUGAUGAAAGGUUACUACAAGAAUUCAUCUGCCACACAACAAGUCUUGGACGAAGAGGGUUGGUUUAGCACUGGGGAUAUUGGGUGGAUUGCUCCUCACCAUUCAAGAGGCCGAAGUCAUCGUUGUGGAGGUGUAAUUGUUCUUGAUGGGCGGGCUAAAGACACUAUUGUUCUAUUAACAGGUGAAAAUGUUGAACCAACGGUGAUUGAAGAAGCUGCCAUGAGAAGUAGUGUCAUACAACAGAUUGUGGUUAUAGGCCAGGAUCAACGACGACUUGGAGCAAUUGUAGUUCCCAACAAGGAAGAAGUAUUAUCUGCAGCAAAAAAAUUGUCUGUUGAAGAUUCAAGUACAUCUGAUGUUAGCAACGAAACAUUGACAAAUCUGAUUUAUAGUGAAGUGAGAAAAUGGACUUCAGAAUGUCCAUUUCAAAUUGGACCAAUCCUCAUCGUCAAUGAACCAUUUACAAUCGAUAACGGCUUAAUGACCCCUACGAUGAAGGUUCGACGAGAUAAAGUUGUUGCUUAUUACAAAAAGGAAAUAGAGAACCUAUUCAAGUAAUAACUUGGGAGUUUGUAAAUGAAGUGAAAGGUAUGUUGAUUUUCAGGUAAAGAAAGCAUAAUAAAUUUACAGGCAAUAUGUUUUAUUAGUCUCUGGUUUUGGACAAAAGCUUUGUUCAAGCUUUGAGAUGAACUGUUGUCUAAAAGAAACUCUUGCCAUUUUAACUCUUUGGUAAGAUACAUUGAACUUCUAUUCUAAGUUUGUUUGUGAUGUGGAUAGCCAUCGACUA